AUGGAGUGCCAGCGCGCGGAGUUCCGGGAGGAGGCCGAGCUUGAGCGCACGCAGAGCCAGGCAGAGCUGCGGCUGUGCCAGGAGUCCAUGGCAGCCCGCGCCAGCGGCGAGAGGGCCGAGCUGGAGGGGGCGCUGCGGGAGGAGUCCGAGCGGCUCCUCGGCGAGGAGUCCGAGCGGGGCCGGCGGGGUGCGCAAAGGGCCGCCGCGGAGAUCGCCGAGCUCCAGGAGCUGCACCAGGCCGCCGCCUCGCUGGCGGAGGAGCAGGUGGCGCGGCUGGAAGCCGCGCUGGUGCGCGCCUGCCAGGAGCGCGACGAAGCCGCGGCGCAGGCCGCGGCGCAGGCCGCGGCGCAG